GAGCAGCCGUGGACGCUACCAACGUCAGCUGCAGAGGGGUGGUCUUUCGUACACGCUUGGUUAAAUGUAAACAUCUCGACGGCACAAAGAUUGCACAGCCGCUGCGUUGCUUUUAAAAAUUGAGGGAAAGCGACGCCGUGUAACAGACGCGUUUCCGGCCGAUUCCUUUUGUGUUUGUCACCCCUCCUACACACGGUUGGGAAAUUCCCUCCACAUGUAUAGUGAUUUGUGAGUGUUGGGGAGCCCGAUGGGGUUGAGUUCGCAGCUCGGGAUUAUGUGCUAGACUGGCGAGCGCAGUAGAGGAAUCAAAGCAAGAGUUACAUGGAAGAACGUGUGUUUGGGAAUACGCGGAAUUAUCGCCACCAAAAAGAGUCGGGCGGAGGAGCUGCAGUGUGUUUGUGUGGUGUGAUGCAGGAGAAACUGUUGGUUUGAAACAGUUGUGAGGUUCAGUUUCUCUGGACACAGGGUCCGAUCGUGUGUGUGUGUUUUUAUGUGUGUGUCUGAGUUAUCUGAUCCCAUUGUGACUGGGAGGUGCUCAGGGGUGGAGCUCCACUGAGGGGCACGAAUCUACAGGCUGCAGCCUCUCAAACAUGAGCAAACUGACUUUCCACAAUAACAAGACAAUGCAGGACCGCCGGUGUGUGUGUGUGUUCCUCCCAAAUGAUGAAACACUCAACGUAAUAGUCAGUGUUAAGACUGUGUGUCAGGAGUUGUUGGUGCAGGUCUGUGAUCUGCUCAGGUUGAAGGACUGUCACCUGUUUGGUCUCAGUGUUAUUCAGAACAAUGAACACAUUUACAUGGAACUGGGACAGAAACUGUCAAAAUAUUGUCCAAAAGAGUGGAAACGGGAAGCCAGCAAGGGAAUUGACCAGUUUGGACCUCCGAUGAUUGUUCACUUCAGAGCACAGUAUUAUGUUGAAAAUGGCAGACUUAUCAGCGAUCGCAUGGCUCGGUAUUAUUACUAUUGGCAUUUGCGGAAGCAGGUACUGCAGUCUCAGUGCAUCCAGAGAGAAGAGGCUUAUUUCCUUCUGGCUGCAUUUGCGCUGCAGGCUGACCUGGGAAACUUCAAACGGAACAAACACUUUGGUGCCUAUUUCCAGCCGGAAGCUUAUUUUCCCUCCUGGGUAAUUGCCAAGAGAGGAUGUGACUAUAUUCUCCGUCAUAUUCCAAACAUGCACAAAGAGCAGUUUGCUCUUACGGCAUCAGAGGCCCAGCUGAAGUACAUAAAGGAAGCAGCGCUCUUGGACGACGUGACUGUUCAUUAUUACCGCCUUUACAAGGAUAAGAAAGAGUUGGAGGCCUCUUUAACUCUGGGACUGACCUUACGUGGGAUUCAGAUUUUUCAGAAUGUGGGGACUGUCAGGCAACUCUUGUAUGAUUUUCCCUGGACCAACGUGGGAAAACUGGUGUUUGUGGGGAAGAGGUUUGAGAUUCUUCCUGAUGGUUUGCCUUCAGCCAGGAAGCUCAUCUACUACACAGGCUGUCCUCUGCGCUCACGACACCUCCUGCAGCUGCUCAGCAACAGCCACAGAUUGUAUAUGAACCUGCAGCCUGUGCUGAAACAGGUUCGGCGACUAGAGGAAAAUGAAGAAAAGAAGCAGUACAGGGAGUCGUAUAUCAGUGAUGCUCUGGAGGCAGAUAUGGAUAAUUUGGAGCAGCGUUCACGUGCCAGCGGCAGCAGUGCUGGCAGCACAUCACGACCCAAUCCCUUUUCACGACACUCCACCACGAGUCAUGGCAGCUCCCGCACAUCUGGCGUCGACACAGACAGUUUCCGAACCCCUACAAACACACCCCACCGACCGCUGAGAACACACUCGUCCUCCAACACCAGUCAUGCCAGCACACACACGUCUGGCAUCGAGAGCAGCAGCAAGGAGCACUGCCUGGAUGAAGAUGAGAUUGAGAUGCUGGUUGAUGAUCCAAAAACUUGUGAAGAUCUUCAUGAUUUAGAACUCAACCAUGAACUGUGUAUCCACAUUACAGAGGACAUGCUGUCAGCACAGAACAACGGAUGCUCCGGGUUAGUGGUGAAGGAAGUCAGUUCUUCCACAUCCAGCUCAUCAGAGACUGUAGUGAGAAUGAGAGGCCAGAGCAUCGAAUGUCUCCCUCAGACGGCGAUGGGCAGGAAGGGCCAGAGCUCCACAGACCGCCACAGCCAAUCACUUGAUGAUGUUCGUCUGUUCCAGAGGAACUGUCAGGAGUGGGCGGAGCUUUGCCAGGACACCGCACAUAGCUAUACGUUCGGCUGCGAGCCAGAGCUCGGGGACACGGUUGGCUGUGGGUACCAGGGACUUGCAGAUCAGUGUGCCGGGAUGCGGAAUAACCAGCACGCGUUUCCCAUCAAGAGAACCAGCAAGUAUUUCUCUCUGGAUCUGGAUAGAGAAGAUCUGACCACAGACCAUAUGACCACUGAAGCAGAACCAGAGUUUGUGGUGUAAUGCUGAGAGUAUUGAAAAGAGCCCCAGAACAAAUUAAGAAUUACAGGAUGUUAUUAUUAAAGGGAUAGUAAACGGAAAAACAGAAAUUAUGUGAUUAGAUACUUACUCUCACUUCGUUACAAACCUGUUGGUUUUUCUUCUGUGGAACACAAAAGAAGAAAUUCUGAUGAAUCUGCUGGUUGCAUUUUUCUAUGCUGUUAUGAUGAAAAAGAAUGCAGAAGCACCAUCAAAGUAUCAUAAAGGUAGUAAUAGUCAGGGUAGCGCUAUUUAUUUUUGAAAGGAAUUAAAACUAGGCUGUGCUCAAUGGAUUGUACUCUUGUUUAAAGGAUUAGUUCAAGAAUUAGCCCAAUCUUUACUCACCCUGAAGCCAUCCUAGGUGUAUUUGACUUUCUUCUUUCUGAUGAACACAAUCAGAGAUAUAUUAAUAAAUAUCCUGACGCAUCCGAGCUUUAUAAUGGCAGUGAGCGGGAUCAAGGAGUAUGAGCUGAAGAAAGUGCAUCCAUCCACAUCCAUCCAUUAUAAACAUACUCCACACGGCUCCGUGGGUUAAUAAAGACCUUCUGAAGUGAAGUGAUGUGUUUUUGUAAAAAAAAAAAAAAAAUCCAUAUUUAACAAGUUAUGAAGUAAAAUAUCUAGCUUCCACCAGACCGCCUUCCGUAUUCAAAUUACGAAAAAAAUGGAACUAAGCUUUUUCCAUAAGUUGAAUAGGGAAGGUGAAGGACGUAUUGUAAGCAUUUUGAACUGCGAGAGUUUUACACUUUCUUCGUAAGUUGAAUACGGAAGGCGGUCUGGCGGAAGCUAGAUAUUUUACUUCAUAACUUGUUAAAUAUGGAUUUUUUUUUUUUUUUUUUUUUUUUUUUUUUUAACACAAACGCAUCAAUUCGCUUCAGCAGGCCUUUAUUAACCCCCCGGAGCCAUGUGGAGUAUGUUUAUGAUGGAUGGAUGUGGAUGGAGGCACUUUCUUCAGCUCAUACUCGUUGAUCCCGCUCACUGCCAUUAUAAAGCUUGGAUGCGUCAGGAUAUUUAUUAAUAUGACUCAGAUUGUGUUCAUCAGAAAGAAGAAAGUCAUAUACACCUAGGAUGGCUUGAGGGUGAGUAAAGCUUGGAGUAAUUUUUAUUUAAAAGUGAACUAAUCCUUUAUCACCAUCCAAAAACACUUACCACCAUCCAAAAGUACACAAAGUCCAUAAAACAAUUUUUAAAGUUGUGAGUUUGACAUGAUCUAGGACAGUGUAGUCUCUUAUAGCCUCGUUUUCAUCUGUGUUAAAUGUAUAGUCCAUCCAAAAAUUACAAUUCUGCCAUCAUUUACUCACCCUCAUGUUGUUACAAACCUGUAUGCAUUUCUUUCUUCUGUUGAACACAAAAGAAGAUAUUUUGAAACAGUUUCGGUUCUCAUUAACCAUUGUUUUUUUUGUUUUUUUUUGUCCAUACAUUGGAAGUCAGUACUGGAAGCCGAAACUGUUUAGCUGCCAAAAUUCUUCAAAAUAUUUUCUUUUAUGUUCCACAGAAGAAAGAAAAUCACACAUUUGAAAUGACAUGAGGAUGAGUAAAUGAUAACAGCAUUUUAAUUUUUAGAUGAACUGUCCCCUUAGAUUCAAUAUGGCAUCUACCUUGACUAAGGUCUAUAUUUCAAUUUUUCUAAAGCCAUGCGAUAGCUUUUAUGUAUUGAUGGUUGUACUUUUAUGGUGCCUUUUGUCAUAUUUUAUGAGCUUGACAGUAUGGAAAAGAGCGGUGUAAACAAUAUGCUAAAUGUCUCUUUUGUGUUUCACAAAAGAAAAAAGUCAUACAGUUUUAGAAUGACAUUACGGUGAGUAAAUGAUGAUUUUUGGGCAAACUAUCCAUUUACAUCAUUUAGUAUGUGUGUGUGUGUGUAUCCAAAACAAGCAAGAGAAUCUGCACCAUCCUAAUGCCAAAAUACUAAAAUGUAGAAAUAGCUGCCUUACCAAAGUAUCCAAAAGUGUGUGUGCGAAUGUGUGUGCUGCCCUAAAUUAAACCCUCAGUGCCUUGAAUUCACUAUGCAGGUUCUCAGAACAUAAAACUAAAGUUUCUGCACUCCUGUUUACUUCCACCCUCAUCUCCAAGAAAACGCCCCAGUCUUGUCUCCCAGAAUAACACUAAACCUAAUGAGCUUUUGGGGAUUGUGGCAACCAAAUCAUGUGAGCAUCAUAAUCAGAGGGCCCAGUGCCGGGGUGUGCCGCCCCGCAGGAUAAAUGACUGAUGGGAUUUCAAGCCGCCGUGGCUCUUGAUUUAGAGACGUUUGCACACAGCUGAGACUGAUUCUGAUCGGGUCAAGUCUUCCAUAGACCUUCCUUUAGAGGUUCCCAUUUUCUUUUAUCUGUCUGUUGACUGUUUAUUUGUCUAACUGGAAGUUUGUCUUUAUUAUAUAGUUUUAUAAAGAAUGACUGCUGUGUGUGUAUGUGUGUGUUUUAAUGGUGUGUUGCCUGUCAGUAUUAAGCUGUUAAUGGGAGACAGUAUUAGAAACCUUACAUAAAGGUUGCAACAUGCAAUUCUUCCAUCUAAACAAGAGAGUGUGUGAACACUCCAUUCAAAGGAAGGUAGACACUAAACAUGAAGAAUGUGCAUAGAUCAGUGCAGUUAGACAUUGAAAUCCACUUCUAGUUAAAAUCUCUUAGCAUGGGCGGUUUGGAAGGCUUUGGAUGAACAGCACUUUAAAGCUCAUGUGCAUGUGGGCCUUCGUGUCAUGACUUUGUGCGUUCUGCUGAAGACUAGUACAGUAUAUAUAGAAGCCCUGACCCGUCUUCACAUUCAUCUCUCCGCCACUUUGAAAAGCAGCAGUGAAUUUGAAAUGGCCAAGCCAGCUAAUAAUAAUUAUGGUUGCUGUUGAAUUUCAUGGUGACUGAACACUUGCAUCGGUUCUGCUUGCAGAUAACAGCCGAUCAUACAUGGGCUCCGUGUACCGUUUACCCUUUAUGUUUGCAGCUAGACUUUGUCCUUUCUGUGAAAGGAAUUUCCUAUGUGAAAAUGAAAUUGUUUUCCCCAGUUCCUUUGCAGACCCAUUCGACUCUGUUCUCUCAUGAAAGUGUAUUCUGUGCCUUGCAGGUGCCAAAGUCCUCAAAUGUUUGCAAUAAAAGGUACCUUCAUUUGUAAUUAAA